UCAACUGCUACCGCUAGUACAGCUGCUCCCAGCAGCACACGAUAAAGCCUUCAUGGCUUUCCCGCUGCUCUCUUGCUCCUCCUCGUUCUCUCCGCUUUCUCCCUUGAAGUUCUCUCUCCGAGAAAGGAGGCCCUCUCCUCCGCCUCCGCGUCCGACGCCACUGCGUCCGCUAUAACUCUCAGCUCCGCGGAUAUUAACUAAUGGCAGUCGCUCAGCAGAAGCCUUCCGUCUCGUGCGCGCACCUGAAGGUUAUUAACCUCUAAUCCGCACUCGACGCACCUGCACACCACUCACCUUCGCCCUGCUGGUUCAUCCCGCCACCUGACAGUGCCAUCGCACUCUACUGCCAGGCAGAAGCAGAAGCAGAAGGAGUAGCAGUCACAGGGGCGGGAGCAGGAGCAGCAGCAGGAGCAGCAGGAACCUGCUUUCUGAACGGCACGUGGGUGAGAGAGAGAGAGAGAGAGCUUGCGUCUUCUUCCAAGGAUGAGCCUCGUGCUCUCAGAAACCACCGGUUGCGGAGGGGGAUGCAGCAACAGCAGCAGCAGCAGCAGCACCAGCAGCAUGAGCAGCAACAACCACAGCCUCAACAAGGGUGGAAGCCAUAGCAGCUGCAGCAGCAGCAGCAGCGACUCGGACAUUGUAUUCGAGUCUGGUUUCCAGUAUCCUCGGGCACUCACGUACCACACUGGUAACCACCCUGGUAACCACACUGGUAACCAUACUGCGGUUUCUUCAGGUCCCUGCCACCCGUUCUACCGGCACCUGGGCAGGAGCUGCCGGCUGGACGGCAGUCCCAGGCAUUUCCACGCGCCCUGCUCCCUGCACCGCCCGGCGCUCGCCCUCCCCGCCAUCACCAUGCCCCCGCCUCUGCAUCUCGACGGCUCCCCCUUCGCUUGCUCGCCUCCUCCCUCGGCAGGGGCGUUUGAUGGGCUCGCGCCGGCGGUGGGCAGCCCGCAGCACGGGAAGAGGCCGAGGCCCCGCAGCAAGUUCCGCUGCACAGUGCUGCUGCCAGGAGAGGCAGAGGCGGAGGCGGAGGGGGAAGUGGAGGGGGAAACGAAGGGGGAAGCGGAGGCGGAGUGUUCUGCUGGUGCUGAGCCCUCUGGAAAGGGCGCUGACAGUGCUGGUGCUGCUGCUGCUGCUGCUGCUGCUCCUGCUGGAGGUGCUACAGAGUGGGCCGAGAAGAAGAGGAAGAAGCAGAAGAAGGGCCCAGCGGCUGGCUGUGGUGUGAGGCGCAUGCUGCGGCUGAGUCUACACGACAGCAAGGAGAACGGGGAAGAGCGGCUGCAAGGAGCGCAAGGAACGCCCGGAGUGUUAGCACCGCUCACACUGCACGGCUCGGGCUCUGCUUCUGCCUCCGGUGCCCAGGGCUCUGGCGCUCCGUUCACCUUUCCAGGACCUGGUGCCAGCAGCAGUGGCGGUUCUGCUCUCUCUGCUCAGAACACGACGUGGAUGAUGGUGGUGGGGCAGCAUGGGCAGCCAGGGCAGCCAGGGCAGCCAGGACAGCCAGGGCAGCCAGGGCAGCCAGGGCAGCAGGGGCAGCAGGGGCAGCAGGGGCAGCAGGGGCAGCAGGGGCAGCAGGGGCAGCACAUGCAGCAAGGGCAGCAACCCAUGGGUGCUGCUGCAGGCAUCGCUUCUGGGGCGGGAAUACACUGUGCUACAGUCAACCACUCCCUGCUCCCAUCUCCGGCAUCCUCUCUGCCCAACUCACCAGCACCCAAACUUUCACCAGCAGCAGCGCCAGCACCAGCAGCAGCAGCAGCAGCAGCACCUGCCCUAUCGCUUCCACUGUCAUCGGCGCUAUCACCAGCACCAGCGUCCCUGGGGAGUGAGGCUCUCUACCCCCCUGCGAGCCCGCACUCGCCUCGGCGGCAGUUUGACCCGUUCGCAGCGCCGCUCACCUGCCCCGCCACGCCCCGCAAGCCCACGUUGCCGCCGGGCGGAUCGGCAUCGGAGCAUCUGAGAGUGGCGGAGGAGGGCGCUCCUGCCAGGCGGGUGAUGCGCCGCCUGCUCUUCCACUGAUGCUGCUGCUCCUGACAUGCAUCCUCCCAACAUGACCUGACCGCACCUAAUCCCACCUGACCCCACCUGACCCCACCUGACCCCACCUGACCCCACCUGACCCCACCUGCAAGACCCCUUCCCUGGACCUGACAAGCCUCCUUGACUCACUGACAGCUCCAGGUGCUAACUGCCUGUGCCCCUCACGUGCCAGCACUGCCUCUCUCCUGCCUUUUCCCCCUCCUCCACUGGCCCUAACCGCCCUGCCAGAGGCUACAGCACGACGUGCCAGCAAGACCUCUCCCAGUUCACACCUCCAUGCAUCCCCUGGCAGCAGCAGCUGCUGUGUCUUCCACAUGCGCACCAGCCAAGCACUCACGCAAGCAAGCAUGAGCGCCAGUGUCUGUGCCACAAGUCGUGGCUGGUGCUCGUUGCUGACAACCCCCCCCCCCUUCCCUCCAUGCCUCUGCACCUGCACUGCAUGCCUCUCUUUGGCAAACCUGCACAGAGGGUCCCUGGCAACACCAACCUCUGCAGCGCCUCUCUUGUGCCGUAGCUUUCAUACCCAUCUGUCCUUCCAACAAGACCCCUCCCUCACUCAGCUUCCCUGAGGCCGAGACUGGAUGCUGCUUGCUUGUGUGGUGUAGCAUGUGAUUGUAUAGUAUCUUGUGUAAAUAAAUAAAUAUGUAUGCUGUAU